GAGCUAGGCGCGCAACACUGCCGCCAGUGAGCAUGAAGGUGUCUGCAGGUGUGGAGGUGGUGGCCGGCCGCAGGCCUUCGCAGCACAUCAAGCGCGAGAAGUGGUCCAAAGAUGUAGAGUUCGUCCUCUCGUGCAUCGGCUUUGCGGUCGGAUUGGGAAAUAUUUGGCGCUUUCCCUACCUCUGCUAUAAGAACGGAGGAGGUGCAUUCUUGAUUCCGUACUUCAUCUGCCUGGUGACGGGCGGGGUGCCUAUCUUCUUUCUCGAGAUCGGCAUCGGACAGUACAUGAGCGAAGGCGGCAUCACCGUGUGGAACCUGUGCCCUAUUUUCAAAGGCAUCGGAUACGGUACAACUCUGAUUUGCUUCUCGCUCAACGUGUACUACAUUGUGAUAUUGGCCUGGACGGUACAUUAUUUUUACAACUCAUUUACGACCGAGCUACCAUGGUCCUCUUGCAAUAACUGGUGGAACACGGAUAGAUGCUUUAGCCCGCUUGACCCCCAGACCAAUUUGACUAAUGCCAGCAAAGUGGACGCCGUCAUUGAGUAUUGGGAAAAUAAAGUGCUCGGUCUGAGUGGAGGCAUAGAGCAAGUUGGCGGAUUGCAAUGGGAGCUGGUCGCUUCCCUUUUCGUCGCGUGGGUGCUCGUCUACUUUUGUGUGUGGAAGGGCAUCAAAUCGUCCGGAAAAGUGGUCUACUUCACUGCCACUUUCCCGUACGUGAUGCUCACUGCACUGCUGAUCAGAGGGGUCACUCUCGACGGGGCACUCGAAGGUAUCAUUUUCUACCUAAAGCCUGAUUUCAACAAACUCACAGAGGCUCAGGUUUGGAUCGACGCUGGGACCCAAAUUUUCUUUUCCUACGCGAUCGCUUUGGGCUGUAUGACCGCGUUGGGCUCGUACAACAAGUUCCACAACAAUUUUGUAAGAGACUGCAUUUUUAUCUCGGCCACCAACAGCUGCACCAGCCUGUACUCGGGCUUUGCCAUAUUCAGCGUGUUGGGUUUCAUGGCCAAGGAGCAAGGUGUGCCAAUCGAGACGGUCGCAGAGUCAGGACCAGGACUCGUGUUCAUAGCCUAUCCAAAAGCCGUGUCGCAGAUGCCUUGGGCGCCUGUCUGGGCCGUGCUCUUCUUCUUUAUGAUUCUGCUAAUGGGUCUUGACUCGCAAUUUGUAGGAGUCGAAGGGUUCAUCACGGCCGUUGUUGACCUUUUCCCAGGCUAUCUGCGCAAAGGUUACAGGAGGGAGCUGUUCAUUUUGGCGGUCACCGUGUUCAGCUUUGCCAUUGGACUUUUCAUGGUCACUCAGGGUGGAAUGUACGUCUUCCAAGUUUUUGACUACUACGGUGCCAGCGGCAUGGUGCUUCUGUGGUUUUGCUUUUUCGAAAGCAUCGCCAUCGCCUACUUUUAUGGUGUUAACAAAUUCUACAACAACAUCACCACCAUGAUCGGGUACAGGCUGAACCCGUGGCUGAAAAUUUGCUGGCUGACUUUCACCCCCAUAGUCACGAUGGGAAUUUUGAUCUUCUCGAUUUACUCGUACACGCCACUCACGUACAACCGGACGUACACGUAUCCGCUGUGGGCGCAGGCCUUCGGCUGGACUCUGGCGCUGGUGCCGAUGAGUAUCAUUCCCGGUUACUUCAUUUGGGACCUUUACAACAGACCGGGCACGUUGCGACAGAGGUGGGCGAAAGCGACGAGCCCGGUUCUCAGCCCAGACCAUCCUGCCGCGUCGAAAAACACCAGGGCCCCCAAUGAAGCAAUAACGAUGCAUUUGUAAAAAUUAGUCUUAAAUUCAGUCAGCCAUCGGUGAAUGUAAUGAAGAAUAAAAAGCCGCCGAGUACAAUGCAAAUAUCAA